CACUCCCACCCCCCAAUCCCCCCACGCCCUCCUCCUUCCUCCCCCAAACCACCACUCUCUCUCUCUCUCUCUGUAUAUACUGCUGCUGCUGCUGCUGCCGCUGCUGCGUCUUCUUCCUGGCGCGAUCUCCUGCUUUUUGAAUCGCCACCCACGACGGCGACGACGGACCUUCUGUUGACUCCGGAGCUGAGUUGACCGGGAAGAUGCGCGUGGCAUUGCUGUGGACUGGUUCAGCUUCGGAGGCGGCGGUUGAAGCUGGAGCUCUUGCUGGCGGGGAGGAGGACGAGAGCGAUGCUGCUGUCGUCUGAGGUUCUCGUUCAUUGAGCCGCCGGGGGGAGGGACGACUCGGGAAGUUUUGAGCUUCUUCGGAGAUUCGAUACUUGUUCGUGUUCACUGUUGACGUUCUUUUGGUUGCGAGCUUGCGAUGGGGUGCGAAUGCUCCAAGUUCCUGUUUUGUUGCUAUGAUUCGGUGCAGAACGGGCAGAUGCCGGAGGCUGACGUCGCCGAUAAUGAGAACGAUACCCAAGUCUGUGGCCUGCCCGCGUUUCGGGAGUACACGUACGAUCAAAUUAAGAUGGCCACAUCUGGAUUCGCUGUGGAGAACAUUGUUUCUGAACAUGGCGAGAAGGCACCCAAUGUUGUCUACAAAGGCAAGUUGGACAAUCAAAUGCGAAUUGCUGUGAAGCGCUUUAACAGGUCAGCUUGGCCAGAUGCACGACAGUUUAUGGAAGAAGCAAAAGCUGUCGGUCAGCUCCGUAAUCAGAGGUUGGCAAAUUUACUUGGUUGUUGCUGUGAAGGUGAUGAGAGAUUGCUUGUUGCAGAAUAUAUGCCCAACGAGACAUUGGCAAAGCACCUAUUCCAUUGGGAAGCUCAACCCAUGAAAUGGGUGAUGCGGUUGAGAGUGGCUUUGCAUCUUGCGGAAGCUCUGGAAUAUUGUACUAGCAAAGGACGCACCCUUUACCAUGAUCUGAAUGCAUAUAGAGUUCUUUUUGAUGAAGAGGGCAACCCUAGACUUUCAUGCUUUGGUCUUAUGAAGAACAGUAGAGAUGGAAAAAGUUAUAGUACUAACUUGGCUUUCACUCCUCCCGAGUAUCUGAGAACAGGACGAGUAACGCCAGAAAGUGUUACAUAUAGCUUUGGCACCCUUUUGCUGGACCUCAUUAGUGGGAAACAUAUUCCUCCAAGCCGUGCACUUGACCUAAUAAGGGACAGGAAUCUUGAGAUGCUCACUGAUUCUUGUUUGGAGGGUCAAUUUAUAAAUGAUGAUGGGACAGAGCUUGUACGUGUAGCUACAAGAUGUUUGCAAGCUGAGCCCCGAGAGCGGCCAAACCCGAAGUCAUUAGUUGCUGCUUUGCUUCCUCUUCAAAAGGAGACUGAGGUUCCCUCACAUGUACUGAUGGGUAUCCAGCAUAGCACAGCAUCUCUACCUCUAUCUCCACUUGCUGAAGCUUGUGUAAGAAAGGAUUUGACUGCUAUACAUGAGGUUUUGGAAAAGCUGGGGUAUAAGGACGAUGAAGGUGCAGCUACUGAGCUCUCUUUCCAGAUGUGGACAAACCAAAUGCAGGAAACACUGAACUCGAAAAAGAAAGGUGAUGUUGCGUUCCGGCAUAAAGAUUUCAGCUCUGCGAUUGAAUGCUAUAGUCAGUUCAUUGAAGUUGGAACAAUGGUGUCCCCAACAGUGUAUGCACGCCGCAGUCUAUCUUACCUCAUGACAGACUCGCCUGAAGAAGCGCUUAAUGAUGCAGUGCAGGCUCAAGUGAUAUCACCAGUCUGGCAUAUAGCCUCCUAUUUACAAGCCGUGGCUCUUUUUGUGCUUGGUAGGGAGAAUGAAGCACGUGUAGCACUUCAUGAGGGAUAUGUCCUUGAAACUAAAAAGAACGGUUCUUGACAACAAUUGGAACGAGUUGAAAUGUGAAUUGAUUACCCCUUUCCAGAUACUGUUCUUUGCCCAGAAUUGGGCAUCAGAUGCUUGCAAAGGAAUACGAGACUCUGAAGUUCCCAAUACAAAACGAAACCCUGGAGUCAAUCCUCCACAUGGUUCUGGUUGUAUAUUUGGUUCAUCAAUUAUGUUUCAUUUGGUAGGUUAGGAGCCUUUUCUGACACUGGACUGGCAAUUCCAAUUGUUAUGCUGAAGGCCAACCUGUGUACUGCAGCAGCAAGAGCAUUUUCCCUUAUGAGGAAAAUUUUGUACUCAAAUGCUAUUUAUGGUUUCUGUUAGGUGGAAAUAAUUGAGAGACAAGCGAUUGGAGCAUAUUUUCAGAGGAGUUUGGAGUCUAAAUGUGCAUUAAGAGAAUCGUAGGAUAUGCGGCCAUGGUUGCAAUUUCUGUACAGCAGAAUCGUUCAUUGACCUUAUCUCUUUUGAUUGGCUGGUUUAAACAGAGCAUUGCCUUUGCCCUUUGACCUUACUAUGAGAUUA